AUCAAUAAUUAAUAUUAUCAAUUUUUGACACUUGUGGCCAAAGGGAGAUUUGAAUUCUGAAAAUGUAUUAUUACUGCCUUUGAGAUUGAUAGGUGAGCCUUAUCAAGAUCCAAUUUCAGACAAUCCUAUAAAAUGUUUUUAUUUAAAAAAUCAAGAUAAUUCUAUGUUUCACUUACAGGAGUCUUGUGUGAAAUAUUGGAAUUAGAGAAAUAUUCUCGAUCUUUUAUCCUUGUUAAUUCAAGUAUACCAACAACCGACAGUAGCAUUUGGAUUACAUACAUAGAGAUAAAUUUGUUCACAAGUUCAUCUUUUAUCCUAACUAAUGCAUCAGGAUCAUCUAAUUUGAUUAAUUUACUCUAAUUACGGGGGGACAGUCAAAUCAUAAUUGUGAAAGUGUGCUAAAGACUGGGUAAACAUCUCAUUUUUAUGGGAAGAUUGUAUUUGCAUUAAUUAGGAUGGCACAUCCAUUGUUUUCCCCUGUAAAGGGCAGGGGAGGUUGAGGCUCUGGUGCAAAAUGGAAGAAAUCUUUAUUAUUUUUACUUUUAUGUUGCUACAAUGGAUUAGAAUACGGAUUGAGACAGAAUAGAUGAUAGAUUAGGUAGAAAAUAUACUGUAUUGAUGUUGAAUAUAUCCAGUAAUAAUAAAUAUGUGUAUCCCUUGCUGGUCCAUCCGCAUUCAUCCGAUAUAUUUCAAUGAAAAAUGACAGCGAAGCAUUCAAUGUGUGCUGUUGAAAAAGAGGAAAAUAUUUUCCAGCACGUUUCAACAACUACAAAUGUCACCCCCUUUGGCAAUGACCCCCUCACAAUAUACACCCUAAAGAUAAAGAAAAAGUUGCUGAAAUGAGUGAUCCGUGCUGUAUGGUCUUAAAUCUCUCGCCUUAUAUAUACCUUGAGGAACUGAUGGUGAUUAUAAUUGUGUGAACUCAGCGAGGUAUAGUCAUCCUCUUGAAGGCACUUCUUCAGGACAAAAACGAUACCAGAGCGAGAAAUGGGCGACAUGCUUACACCAUCAGCCCAUGUGAUGAAAAGGAGUCUAAGUGAAGUGAAUGAAGACUCUAUGGUGGAAAUAUUCUCUCGUCUGUCAGCAAAGGACAUAUCAAUAAGCAAAUGCGUGUGUAAAAAAUGGAAUGGCGUCAUGUCACACAAUUUAUUUAUCUGUCGUUAUGUUCAAAAGCCAGUUUCAAUUUCGGGACUAUAUUUCCAACAGCACGAGGAGCUUCCCGAUUUUCGAGAACUACCUGUAAUUUAUAUUCCUCUCGAAAUCGAAAACCCUCAGAUGGAAGAAACUGUUCUAGACUUUCUCCCCGAGAAAGUCUCUCUUAUGUCUUCAAGCAACGGCCUGCUUUGCUGCAGGAGCUUCGUCAGUACCUUUAUUCGAAACGUACCGAAUGGAAGAUUCGAAGGAAUUCACUGCCCUGUGAAAAAUCCAAAAAUUUACAUCUGCAAUCCAGUUAAUAAGGAGUUUACUGUUGUUAACCCUACCGAGGCCGGUACAGGUAUAAACAUCGGAUUGAAUUUUGAUCCCAUUAACGGCGGUUUUCAGUUGGUAACCGUCAACUGCAACCAACAAAUGACUUUUCCGCCUUGGAAAUUUUCGGCGUCUGUCUUCUCGUCGAAAACAUGGAGCUGGAAGGUUCUGGGAGCGGUUUUCGAUUGGAAUUCUCGUAUUCAUCGGAACAAGACUGUGUGCGUGAAAGGGGUUUUCUAUUGGCUGACGACGAAUCAUCAUGUGAUCACGUUCGAUAUGGAGAAAGAAGUUUUCGGGGUGGUUAAGCUGCCUGGUCCUGCAAUGGAAGGAGAAGGGUUUCAUGGAGUUUGCCUGGGGAGCUCGGAGGAAUGUUUGGUUUAUGUGGUGGUCCAUCCUUUGGAAAUUCGUGUUUGGGUUUUGAAAAAUGAUGGGAAGGAGUGGUUUAUGGAGAAUCGGUUGAAUUUGAUUCACUUUUACGAAAGAAAUAAGGAGAUGUUGAGUCCUCAUUUGUUGGAUAUGUUUUUGGAGUAUAAGUUGAAUGAUGAGACUCAGACGACUGCUGCGGUUCUUCCAUUGGCGUUUCGCGAGGGGGUUUUGUAUAUGGAUCUGCAUUGGUUCAUGUAUUCUUAUGAGUUUAAAACCGGGAGUUUGAAGAAGCAUUUCUACACACAUGAUAUGAAGUGUGAAAUCUUUCACUCUGCGAGUGUUGUUCCAUAUGGGCUUAACUUGGCUGCCAUGGGUUUUCUCAAGGGAGACUGGACUGAGUAAGAUGAAUGAGAAUUGGUAAUGCUGUUUCUUGGUGGAUAAUAAAGGCAAUGAAGAUGAAGAAGGGAAUAUUGCUGGUUUUAAUCUUGUUUAUUUUAAUGUUAUUGUUGUAUCUGUUUUAAGUAGGAUGUUUCUAAUUGAAUUGUUGCUUCUGUUUUUUAAGAAGGAUGUUAAUUGUUGCAUCUGUUUUAAAAAUACAGUUAUUU